GCGGGCAGCACCCCAACUUCUCCCCUACGUCGACCCUCCUGGCUGCUGUGGGCUAGGGUUGGCUUGCCCCAGAUCGGGUCAUCGGCAGCUGGCUCCCCUGGGACCAGGUUUCCAGCACCUUCCAGGGACCAUGCAUUGGUCCUACUGACCCAGGAGUAGGGACCUGUGGGCAGGGCACCUGGAAUGGGCUGUGUGUUCUGCAAGAAGUUGGAACCUGCACCCAAAGAGGAUGCGGAAGAGGGUGACAGGAACCAUAGGGCUGAAGAACGCUAUUACCCUGACCCCACUCAAGGCCUUGGCAGGCCACCACAGCCCUUCCCUACUCAGCCCACCAGCCCGGGUUUUCUUGUUAACACGAGGAACAUCCCAGGGACGGGAGUGACCAUGUUCGUUGCCAUGUAUGACUAUGAGUCCAGGACAGCGGGUGACCUUACCUUCACCAAAGGCGAGAAGUUCCACAUCCUGAACAACGCUGAAAGUGACUGGUGGGAGGCUCGGUCCUUGAGUUCCGGACGCACUGGCUACAUCCCCAGCAACUACGUGGCUCCUGUGGAUUCCAUCCAGGCUGAAGAGUGGUACUUUGGAAAGAUCAGUAGAAAGGAUGCAGAGAGGCAGCUUCUCUCACCUGGCAACCCCCAGGGGGCCUUUCUCAUCCGGGAAAGUGAAACCACCAAAGGUGCCUUCUCCCUGUCCAUCCGUGAUUGGGACCAGAAGAGAGAGGAUCACGUAAAGCAUUAUAAGAUCCGGAAGCUGGACAUGGGUGGCUUCUACAUCACCACGCGGGCCCAGUUUGAAACCGUGCAGGACCUGGUGCGGCACUACAUGGAGUUCAAUGAUGGUCUCUGCUACUUGCUCACGGCACCCUGUACCACCAUGAAGCCGCAGACGUUGGGCCUGGCCAAGGAUGCCUGGGAGAUCAGCCGUAGCUCCAUAACGCUGGAGCGCAGGCUGGGCACCGGCUGCUUUGGAGAUGUGUGGCUGGGCACAUGGAACUGCAGCAUAAAGGUGGCGGUGAAGACCCUGAAGCCCGGCACCAUGUCCCCGAAGGCCUUCCUGGAGGAGGCGCAGAUCAUGAAGUUGCUGAGGCAUGACAAGCUGGUGCAGCUGUACGCGGUGGUGUCUGAGGAACCCAUUUAUAUUGUGACAGAGUAUAUGUGCCACGGUAGCUUGCUGGAUUUCCUAAAGGAUCGAGGAGGCCAGAACUUGAGGCUGCCCCAUCUAGUGGACAUGGCCGCCCAGGUAGCCGAUGGCAUGGCCUACAUGGAGCGGAUGAACUACCUCCACAGAGACCUGAGAGCAGCCAACAUCCUGGUGGGGGAGCAGCUGGUGUGCAAGAUCGCUGACUUCGGGCUGGCUCGUCUCAUAGAAGAUAAUGAAUACAACUCCCGCCAAGGGACCAAGUUUCCCAUCAAGUGGACCGCGCCAGAGGCUGCCCUCUAUGGCAGAUUCUCUGUCAAGUCAGAUGUGUGGUCCUUCGGGAUCCUGCUCACUGAACUGAUCACCAAGGGCCGAGUUCCUUACCCAGGCAUGAACAACCGGGAAGUGUUGGAACAGGUAGAGCAUGGCUACCACAUGCCAUGCCCUCCAGGCUGCCCAGCAUCCCUGUAUGACAUCAUGGAGCAGACCUGGCGCCUGGAUCCGGAGGAGAGACCCACCUUUGAGUACCUGCAGUCCUUCCUGGAAGACUAUUUUACCUCCACAGAACCACAGUACCAGCCUGGAGACCAGACAUAGCCUGGCUGGGUGUCAGUGACCCUCUGGGAAUGACUACUUACCCUUGCCAAUCCCCAGGGCUCUCUGGCCCCAGGGCCCCCAGUUUUGAACCCUGUAGAGUCUAAGAAGGUCAGAAGCUGUGAAGCCAUUUUAUAGAUGGGGCAAAUGGAGGCUGGGAGCUCAUCUCUUACCUUCUCUGGCUCCAAGCACUCUCUCUUCUCUUCCUACCUAUGCCCCACGCAAAAAUCUAGGGCGCCCCACUCACUCUGCGCAUGAAGCAAAUGGAUGCUCUUAUGUAUUCCGACCCCAGGCACCAUUUUUCCUGCCCCACUAGGCUCCUACAUGCUGUUAGCCUCUUUCUUCCAUCUCCUAAAAAUACUCACUUUGUCUAGUUAUUUAUAAAAUUGUGUUUCCCUUCCUUCACUUAUCUCUUACUCCUGCUUUCUACCUCCUGUCAGCCUGCUCCAGUCCAGGCCCGAAGAAUUUAAUUACUGCUCUCGGUUCUCUUGGAUUUCUCCAAGUUACAAGGGCAGGGAACAUCUUUGUUUGAUUCGCUUCCUGUAGACCGGAUGCUCUGGUCCAGGCCCAGGUCUGAGGGAGAGAGCUGGGGAAGGCUCCCGCCUUUCUGCAUAAUGUGCCGUGUGUUUAUUCUCUGU